AUGUCUGCUCUUUUGACAACCCUAGGCCUCCGCGCCGCGGCUGGCCAACAGCCCGCAAACCACGCCGCCGGUCUUCUCGCAGCCAAUUGGUUCUUCGCAUUUUGCUUCAUGAGCAUCCGCGGUGAGAAGGCGUACUAUCGUCUCGACCACAAUGUCUCCCCGCGUGAAGACCUGUACAAGUAUGGCGAUCGCGCUGUCCAGGCUGGCAAGCUGAGUCGGAGCGCCCUUGAGAGACUCAAGCGCAAGGAGGCUGCACAUGCGAACGCGCAGGAGGGAUAUUCGCUCUUUGUCGCGGCAAUGUUGCUUUCGUUGUACGCUGGUCUCCCUAACGAGACCAUCAAUGGUCUUGGUAUCUGGUACACUGUUUCACGUGUCGCCUACAGCUUCGCGUACUCAUACAUUGAGUCGCCAUCUUGGAGUUACCUUCGAUCUGUGACUUGGUGGUCCGGUAACAUCAGCUGUCUCACUGCUUUGGUGCUGGCAAGCAAGAAGCUUUGA